UGAUAAAAUAAAACGAAAUAAAAUUUGGCGCAAAAAAUCCGGAAGCUUACCUGUCACACUCACACACACACACAAAAGAGCUGGACCAUCUUUGUCGACGGUGGUUAAUCAGUCACCGGAGAAAAUGUCUUACCACCACGCUACCACCGCCACCGGAAAACCACCAAUCUCAUCGCACUCUUCCCCAAUAUCAUUUAGGAAAGCUCCAACGAAUAAAACAUUCAAGUGUUCUCUUGAGUUACCAAAACCAAUAUCAACAAAGGAUGCAGCUAAACUUGUUGUAUCUGGCCUUGCUGUCUCCUUGUUACUUCUGUCCCCAACAAACCAGGUCAUGGCGACAGAACUUCCACAUAAUAACUUAUGCCAAAUUGCCAGUGCCACCAACAAUUUGCCAACCCUUCCUAUUGAUGAGGAGGGUACAAAUAUGAUGAUGAUGAGAGGUAUGACAGCAAGAAACUUUGAUCCUGUAAGAUAUUCCGGUCGAUGGUUUGAAGUUGCUUCGCGUAAACGUGGAUUUGCUGGUCAAGGUCAAGAAGAUUGUCAUUGCACCCAGGGAGUAUAUACAGUCGAUACAGCCGCUCCAGCCAUCCAGGUAGAUACCUUUUGUGUACAUGGAGGGCCUGAUGGUUAUAUCACUGGUAUACGGGGUAGGGUUCAGUGCCUUUCAGAGGGAGAUAAGGAUAAAACUGAAACAGACCUGGAAAGAGAAGAGAUGAUUAAAGAAAAGUGCUAUCUUCGGUUCCCCACGUUGCCCUUUAUUCCCAAAUUACCUUAUGAUGUGAUUGAUACCGAUUAUGACAAUUUCGCCAUUGUUUCGGGAGCAAAAGACAAGGGCUUUGUUCAGAUAUACUCAAGGACACCAAAUCCAGGGACAGAAUUUAUUGAGAAGUACAAAUCUGUGUUGGCAGACUAUGGUUAUGAUGCAAGCCAAAUUAAGGACACCCCACAAGACUGUGAGGUUUCUGAUAGCCGAUUAGCUGCAAUGAUGUCGAUGAACGGAAUGCAGCAAGCUUUAACAAAUCAAUUUCCUGAUCUUGAACUCAAAUCUUCUGUUAAGUUUGAUCCCUUCACAAGUGUAUUUGAAACCUUGAAGAAACUUGUGCAGCUAUAUUUCAAGUAAUUUUAAAGUGUCCCUUUUGGUGUUAGAAUAUGUGGAAUGGACAAACACCUGUGUACAGCCAAAAUUUCACUUAAUCAAAGUUUUGUUUUUGGUAA